UAAAAGGCGCGAUAACUCAUUCGAAUCGAUAGUCUGUUCCUUAUGGAGUCGUCAAUUAUUGUCGCUGUUAGGAUAAGGCCUUUAACGAAACUAGAGGCCUUAAACAACCUACAGUGCCUUGUUCAGAUUCCUAAACCAGGUGUUGUCCGUGUGUUCGAACCCAAUGUUAAGAAUAACAGUGUUCGUGAGUUUCAAUUCGACCACACAUUUUGGUCACUUAACGAUGGAUCAAGUCUUGUGCCACAUGCAAGUCAGGAAUUUGUGUACCGAACACUUGGGCUUCCACUGUUAUUAAGAGCUUUGGAUGGUUACAAUGCAUGCCUUUUCGCAUACGGAAUGACUUCUUCUGGGAAAACAUAUAGUAUAACUGGACCUCCUGAUGAUCCAGGAAUAAUCCGGAGGAUUUCAAAAGACAUGUUCGAGGAAAUUGGAAGAAGAACGGUAUUCUUGGUGGUUGAUGCUGUUUGAUGUUAAUUUAGGAAUGCACUGCAAGUUUUUCUGUUAAAAUGAGUUAUUAUGAGAUAUAUAAUGAACGAAUACGUGACCUCCUCUCGUCGAACUUUACUAGAAACGGGCUUGUAGUUCGUGAACACCCAGUAACUGGCCCAUACAUCGAUGGUUUGUUAUGUGAAGAGGUUUGGUCUGAAUCGGAUAUCAUAAAACGACUUGAUUUUGGGAAUCGUUUACGUGCUGUGGCUGCCACGCCUCUGAACGAAAACAGCAGUCGCUCACACACCGUACUCGUAUUAUCACUGACGAAGCGUUCAACUACUAAAUGUCGUUUAGGAGAUAUUGAAAACGUUUUUAAUAGUCACAUAACCAUUGUUGAUCUCGCUGGAAGUGAACGUCAAACAUCUACAUCUACUUUGAGUGGACGUUUUAUUGAAAGCUGUCAAAUCAACAAAUCGUUGUUUACUCUCGGGAAAGUAAUCACUCAACUUUCCCAGAAUAUCACUUACAAGAGAAGGGCAUUUCCAUCCCCUGAACCACGUUCAGUUGUUCAGGAUACUUGUCCACUGCUUUCAGUAACACCAUGCCGAUUGGUCAAUAAACGACGGGAUUUUGUUUCUUAUCGCGAUUCUUUGCUAACCUGGUUACUGAAGGAUAGUUUAGGAGGCAAUGCAGUCACAGUAAUGCUGGCAACUGUCAGCCCCUGUCAAACUCAUUACGACGAAACAUUAAGCACCUUACGUUAUGCCAAAAAGGCGUCAUGUAUUGUCAAUUCAGCGAUGGUCAAUGAAGAUCCGAAAAGUCGAUUGAUUCGUGAAUUAAUGUCUGAAUUACGUAUCUUACGACAAAAAGCAUCUUCAAUUAUGUUUGAAUCCGGAACUUGUCAGGCUUAUGAGGCAGCGAAGCUUAGAGAAUUAAUUUCCAUUCGUGAAGAUGGUGUCCUACAAUUGCGAAGGAAGCUAACUGAUCGUCGCUCGUCCACUGGGCACCGGUCUAUCCGAGCUGUUACAUCUGAAUUAUGUAAAUCAACACAAACGUCAGAAGUUUAUCAAAAUGAAGCAGAUACCGGGUCAAGAACACUCCGAAGAGCACUUUCUACGCUUAAUUGUACAAAUACUAGUAGUCCAUUACGUAUUCAUGGGGAUAAAGUGAACUUCGAAGACAUAGAAAAACCGUACGUACAAACUGCCUUACCUAGUUCUUCUGAAGUUUCUACUUCUGUUGGCCAUUCUUUGCUGUGUAGUCCUAUGACUCAAUACCAACUUGUUGACCAGAUUGCCAAUUUGAAUUGUACAUUACAAUCUGUACAAGAGUCGGAACUCAAUCAAAAGGUCAUCAUAUUGCAAGAAAAGUUACUAGCGCAAACUCGGUUACUUGAUAAUUUCAGACAGGCCUUUGACAAGUUGAACCGAGAAUACCAAGCUAUAUUGCAAUUGUUUCCUCAUUUGUUGAAGAAAGUUGCACACAUGACCUUACCCGACAGUGAACUCGACGAUAAAACAAGCCACUUAGUAAGUUCGCAUUGGAAUUCUUUAGGUAGUUAUUAUCCUUGAGUUCUCAUCGAGUUGUUUGUCAGUUCUAUAAAAUUUGUGAGAUAAGCUUUAUCUAGUAACAGCUUCAUAUGAUGUUCUUUAAGUUUUUUUUUCUCUUCAGAAUACAGAGCUACGUUCGACCUUUCCCUUUACGGAUACUUCAGCUAACCAACUAAGACAUACCGUAAGUCAUGCUUCCUUCAUCCUUCCAUAACCUUAACAUAGCUUAGAAACACAAUGACUGCAGACGUAACUCGGAUAACGGAUGUGAAUAUGAUGAUGUGAUAUAGACAAUACACGGCAUAGAUGUUAUGAAUUAGAUUAAAACUAUCUGAGCUGUGUAUCAGGUUGACCACUAAUUAACAUCUCAAAAACUCAAGUCAAGUUAGGGAAAUCAAAUAGGAGCAUAUUACAAACGCAGAGGAAUUGAAAGACCCAAAAGCUUACAACUUAUUAUGUUUAAAUAGGCAUAAUGAUAACAUUUUUUCAAUAGAAACUAUUCCCAUAGACAAAUUGCUUUGGCUGUAAAGGAUCAUCUGUUAUCAGCUAUUUCGUGUAGGCUUCCGAAAUAUCCCCAUAUUUCCUAACCAUGUGGUUCUGUAGGUCUACCAAUCAAUAUGCGACAUAAUCUAACAUCCAUUUUUAUCAUUUCAGGUUUCUACCUAUGUACCAGGAAAACCCAGGUGUGACGCAUCUCAACUUAGAUGAAGCUACAUGUCUGCAGAUUGUCAAAGUUCAUGUACAUAAGAUGUUUCUUGUAAAUAAAUUAUCCUUGCA